CAAAGCAUCUUACUAGAAAUUGUAAUAUAUUCAGAUUUAUAUAAAAUAAAAAAAUAAAAAAAGGAAUAAGGUAGUAGUGCUGAUAUAUUAUUAGUGCAAUACCAGCACGACAUAGAUUAGACUUGUGUGAGAAACUGGGAAGAGAGCUUGAGACCAAAACCCUAGAAUUGUGUGAAGUUUGAUCUGUUCAGAUCAAAGAAGCGAGGAGGAAAUGGAUGAAGAGUAUGAUGUCAUAGUGUUGGGAACGGGUCUCAAAGAAUGCAUCCUCAGCGGUCUUCUCUCCGUUGACGGCCUGAAGGUUCUGCACAUGGAUAGGAAUGAUUAUUAUGGAGGAGAGUGUGCAUCACUUAAUCUUUUCCAGCUAUGGAAGAGGUUCAGGGGAGAUGAUAAGCCCCCAGCACAUUUGGGCUCAAGUAGGGAUUAUAAUGUGGACAUGGUCCCUAAGUUUAUGAUGGCCAAUGGCACUCUGGUGCGUGUCCUAAUUCACACAGAUGUCACCAAGUAUUUGUACUUCAAAGCUGUGGAUGGCAGUUUUGUGUAUAAUAAAGGAAAGGUUCACAAGGUUCCAGCAACUGACAUGGAGGCACUUAAAUCUCCACUCAUGGGCCUGUUCGAAAAGCGCCGUGCCCGCAAGUUCUUCAUAUAUGUUCAAGAUUAUAAUGAAAGUGAUCCCAAAACACAUGAGGGAAUGGACUUAAGAAGAGUGACUACUAGAGACUUGAUUGCAAAAUAUGGUCUUGAUGACAACACUGUUGACUUCAUUGGGCAUGCAUUGGCACUUCAUAGAGAUGACCGCUACCUGGAGGAACCUGCACUGGAGACUGUGAAGAGAAUGAAGCUAUAUGCGGAGUCUCUUGCACGUUUUCAAGGAGGAUCACCAUACAUAUAUCCAUUAUAUGGAUUAGGAGAGCUUCCCCAGGCAUUUGCACGACUUAGUGCAGUUUAUGGUGGGACGUAUAUGUUGAAUAAACCCGAGUGCAAGGUAGAGUUCAAUGAUGAGGGGAAAGUAAUCGGUGUAACAUCUGAAGGGGAAACUGCUAGGUGCACGAAAGUUGUCUGUGAUCCUUCUUACUUGCCCAACAAGGUUAGGAAGGUUGGUAAGGUUGCAAGGGCUAUUGCGAUAAUGAGCCACCCAAUUCCGAACACCAAUGAUUCUCAUUCAGUGCAGGUUAUCCUGCCGCAGAAGCAGUUGGGUCGCAGAUCAGAUAUGUAUCUUUUCUGUUGCUCUUACUCUCACAAUGUUGCUCCAAAGGGAAAAUUUAUUGCAUUUGUAUCAACAGAGGCAGAGACUGAUCAUCCUGAGACUGAGCUAAAGCCAGGAAUUGACCUUUUAGGACCUGUUGAAGAGAUAUUUUUUGAUAUUUAUGACAGAUAUCUGCCAGUCAAUGAACCCUCUUUGGACAAUUGCUUCAUAUCAACCAGUUAUGAUGCGACAACACACUUUGAGUCCACUGUCAUGGAUGUACUCAACAUGUAUACCUUGAUUACAGGGAAGGUUCUUGACCUCAGUGUGGACCUAAGUGCUGCUAGUGCUGCAGAAGAAUGAGUAAAAACUACAUGUGGUGCUUGUACAAUUGUGCUUUGUUCCAAGUACGUUGAACUGCUUAAGUUGCUGGUGGUAAUCCUCAUACCGUGGAGGACUCUAUGAGUUUUCACUUUUAUUUAUAGACUUGAUAUGUGAUAUAAUGCUGUUUUAAAUGUACUAAACGUCCUUUCAAGAAAAAUUGUACUUUAAAACAUGUCUAGAUUUCGGACGUGCACAUGUGGUAAUGUUAUUUUCAGGUUGCGAGUAUGCGGGGAGGCAUAUAAAAGUAUUACUUAUCAGGGGAUUUGCAAA